AUGGGUGUCCAGAAAAAGACUCGCAAAUUCGCUGCAGUGAAGCGAGUUCUCGGUAGUCGCGAUGCUAGGUUGAAGGAAAACAAGGUCAAGGCUGAGCUGGCCCAGAAGGAGAAGGAAAAGAAGACCAUCAAUGGCGAACUUAUCCGAGAAGCGCCCCAGAUGCCCAGCAACAUGUUCUUCCAGCACAACACAGCUCUCGUCCCGCCUUACAACGUUCUCGUUGAUACCAACUUCCUCAGUCACUCUGUUCAGCGAAAGCUCUCUCUUCUCGACUCCAUGAUGGACUGCCUCUACGCAAAGUGUAACCCUAUCAUCACAUCUUGUGUCAUGGCUGAGUUGGAAAAGCUGGGACCCAAGUAUCGACUGGCAUUGAGAGUUGCGCGAGACGAGCGAUGGACACGACUCGAGUGCGACCACAAGGGCGUUUAUGCAGAUGACUGCUUGGUGGACCGAGUGCAGAAGAACAGGAUCUACAUUGUGGGCACAAACGAUAAGGCGCUCAAGCAACGGCUACGCAAGAUUCCUGGUGUGCCCAUCAUGAGUGUGGCGCGUGCCAAAGAACAACCAUGCAGCCAGUGCGACAAGAAAGGUCGCGCCUCGCAGUGCGCUUAUGCUCCCAAGCCCGAGAGGAAGCGACCGGCCAAAGGCAUGUCAGCGAGACUAAAGCGGCUUGAGGGUAUGGUACGGGAGAUGAUGGACUCUGAGAGUGCAGUACAGACGACAGGGUCAAAUCCAGGAAAUAACUCACAAGCCGCCAAUGGAGUUACUGGACCUGAGGUACAAGGUCAUGUGGUGAAAGGUGACAAGACGACGACAUAUGUCGGCGCAACACAUUGUAUGGCAAUGUUGGAAGAUAUCGAAGAUCUGAAGAGUUACUUUGAUCAACCCGAAGACACGGAAGAAGAUCAAAUACUGGCUGAUGAGAUAGACCCUACGGAGCUCAUGUUAAACACAAGAGCAGGUCCAAGGAACCGAGAGGAGCUACUAAGUCGAUUACCAGAUCGCAAAGUGGCGGACAGACUCCUCUCACGGUAUUUUGCCUCGAUGAGUCCCUCGCAACAUAUUAUUCAUCGACCGACUUUCACCAGGCAAUAUACCAAGUUCUGGCAAGACCCGGAGGGUACUUCACUACACUGGAUAGCGCAGUUGUUCAUGAUGUUAAGUCUUGGUGUCUUUUUCAACAACUUUAUCAACUCCAGUGAACUACAAGGCGACUCUCCCCUCCCAGCAACAGACAGGAUUCGUCAUUAUAAAGCCUGUGCUGGAUGGGCUCUAGUCUGGGGCAAAUAUACGCAACCUUCUUCAGCAACUUUGCCCGCCUUUUUACUUUACGUCGAGUCGCACUUCCUUUUUAACCGAGCAGCUCAGAUGAAUUGCUACGUACUCUCAGGCGUGUGUAUCCGCCUGAUGCUCAAGAUGGGUCUUCAUAGAGAUCCGAGCAAGUUGGCUAACAUUUCGCCUUUUGAAGGUGAAAUGAGGCGACGCAUGUGGAAUAUGGCUAUUCAAGUCGAGCUGCUGGUGUCCUUCCACAUGGGUCUUCCCAGUAUGCUUCAGGGUAUCGAAACCGAUACUUCAGUGCCAGGAAACUUGCAAGACGAAGACUUCGAUGAGGAUUCAACCGAAUUACCCUUGGGCCGACCCUUGACAGACUGGACGUCGAUGACAUACCCCAUCCACAAGACAAAAAUUCUGCGAGUCUUUGGGCAGAUCGCACGACAAGCUCAUGCGUUAACACCACCAAGUUAUGCCGAGGUAAUGAAGCUUGAUAAUCUACUGCAAGAGACUUGGCGAGAAGUUCCAGCUUUUAUGAUGAUCCGUUCCCUUGAUGAGUGUGUUGGUGAUCCACCAGUGUUACUUAUUCAAAGAUUCGGGUUGACUGCUAUUUACAACAAGUGCUGCUGUGUCCUGCACCGACGCUAUCUUGCAGAGGCAGUCCCACAGCGCGAGCAUGACUAUUCCCGCAGAAGAUGUCUCGAAAGUGCGCUAUCACUACUCAAUUAUCAAAGUGUGAUAUGGGAAGCUUGCAAACCAGGGCAUGUUUUAAGCCAGCACGGCUGGUUUGUCUCAUCUCUUGCAGUACAUGACUUUUUACUGGCUGCUAUGGUGAUAUACCUCGUUAUCAAGAACGAAAACUACUCAGAUGCGGGAAGUGAACACGACUGGAUCUCGCAGACGACACCAGCGCCUACAAAGGAUGAUCUCAUCGGUAUGAUCAAGCGAUCCCAUUCUAUCUGGUCCGACGUUGCACAAGACGUGGCCGAGGUAAAGAAGACAGCAGAUACACUGGCGACCAUGCUAGCUAAGCUGGGGGUUCCAGUUGGACAGCCGGCAAAUGGUUCCGAGCAAGGGAUGCCUAGUGUUGGUGUUGAGAAUGAUACUUCGUCACUGGGAGCGCCCUCGGUAGAUCCCAGCACCAUGGGGUCGAUCGGAGCCGAUCCAGGCCUUCUAUCAUCUCUGGGCCUGGGUAUGAGUUUACGCAAACAAGUAACGUAUAGCACAUAUGCUGACAUCGGAGCAGGUACAUUAACGGGAUCUACAUCUGGACAGACACCCCUGGAUCUGGGCCUAACAGGAGACGCAGGAACUAGCAUGAGCUUCCCGAAUAUGGGGACGGAGGGGCUUGACUUCGAUCCUGCUUGGAUGGAUACUGCAGCUAGCAACAUGGAUUGGCGUUAUCUCGACAUAUCACUUGCUCAUAGUCACGAUGCAGGACGAAAUGAGGACACGGGCCAGACAUGGAUAGAGAGGGCUCCGCCUUUGGAACAGAUGGACAUCAUGGGAUCAGGAAAUUGGAUGCCCAGCAACCCUGGGUCCAGUUGA